GCGGGCUACCGGAAGCCUCACUCUGGAGUCUAGAGUCUGGAGCUUUUGUGGUACACAGCAGUAGCAGUCUGGUUGGUUACACAGUCUACUCACUACUACUACGAACUCCAUUGUAUCUCUACUAUCCCUCUGCUCACCCACAGCUAGUCACUGAAGUGAGCUGCUCUAGACACCAGAGUGAGUGCUAUACCCGUGUUUGUGUGUGUGCGCCUUUGUGUCCUCCAAGGCAGCCAACCCUUUCCUUGGAUCUGAAGCUCAGCCACCAUUUGUUUUCUCGUCAGUUUACAAGGGUGGUCAUUGAUUCUGAGGUAAGAACUGAAGGAACAGCAGCAUAACCACUUCACUAGCACAAGAUCUUGGCCAGCGCGUGCCAGGAGCUAGGCAAGGGGAGCUUAGCCAGUCUGCGGCCGGGCGAAGCAACCUCGCACAUGCUCUGUUGUUGGAACCGAGCUUAACUAACAUCUACCCGGGCUUCCAAGAACUCAUCCUCCGGGAGAGCGGCGCAUUUGCCGAGACGCGCGAGAUCGACCAACGGCGCAAGCUAGCAUUGCUCGAUCCAUCGAGCAAUGGCGCCGCCCAGCACGUACGAGUCGUCGUGGUGGGGCGGCAGCACGGAGGAGCUGGGCACGCCGGUGGUGGUGAAGAUGGACAACCCCUACUCCCUGGUGGAGAUCGACGGGCCCGGCAUGGCCGUAGCCGGCCACGACAAGGCCCGUGGCAAGAACGCCAAGCAGCUGACCUGGGUGCUCCUCCUGCGCGCGCACCGCGCCGUGGGUUGCGUGGCCUGGCUGGGCGCCGGGUUCUGGUCCCUCAUGGGCGCCGUGAACCGCAGGGUGCGCCGCAGCCGCGACGCCGACGCCGAGCCGGACGCCGGCCGCGGCCGCCACAUGCUCCGCUUCCUCAGGGCCUUCCUGCUCCUCUCCCUGGCCAUGCUGGCCUUCGAGACCGUGGCGUACCUCAAAGGGUGGCACCUGCCGAGGCUGCCGGACAAGUACAUGCACAUCGACCUCCCCAAGCACCUUCAGCACCUCCGGCACCAGCUGCCGGAGAACCUCAGGAUGCCGGAGAAGAGGGAGAUCGAGGGGUGGCUCCAUGCCGUCUACGUGGCCUGGCUCGACUUCCGCAUCGACUACAUCGCUUGGGCCAUCCAGAAGCUCUCCGGCUUCUGCAUCGUCCUCUUCAUGGUGCAGUCCGUCGACCGCAUCGUGCUCUGCCUCGGCUGCUUCUGGAUCAAGCUCCGCGGCAUCAAGCCCCGGCUCCCGCAAGCCAAGAACGCCGAUGAUGACGACAUCGAAGACGGCGACGAUCUCGGCGCCUACUUCCCCAUGGUGCUCCUCCAGAUGCCAAUGUGCAACGAGAAAGAGGUGUACGAGACGUCGAUCUCGCACGUGUGCCAGAUCGACUGGCCGAGGGAGCGGAUGCUGGUGCAGGUGCUGGACGACUCGGACGACGAGACGUGCCAGAUGCUCAUCAAGGCGGAGGUCACCAAGUGGAGCCAGAGAGGGGUCAACAUCAUCUACCGCCACAGGCUGUCCAGGACGGGGUACAAGGCCGGGAACCUCAAGUCCGCCAUGAGCUGCGAGUACGUCAAGGAAUACGAGUUCGUCGCCAUCUUCGACGCCGACUUCCAGCCCAACCCGGACUUCCUCAAGCUCACCGUCCCACACUUCAAGGGGAACCCGGAGCUUGGGCUGGUGCAGGCGCGGUGGACGUUCGUGAACACGGACGAGAACCUGCUGACGCGGCUGCAGAACAUCAACCUGUGCUUCCACUUCGAGGUGGAGCAGCAGGUCAACAGCGUCUACCUCAACUUCUUCGGCUUCAACGGCACCGCCGGCGUCUGGCGCAUCAAGGCCCUCGAGGACUCCGGCGGCUGGAUGGAGCGCACCACCGUCGAGGACAUGGACAUCGCCGUGCGCGCCCACCUCGACGGCUGGAAGUUCAUCUACCUCAACGACGUCAAGGUGCUCUGCGAGCUGCCGGAGUCGUACGAGGCGUACCGGAAGCAGCAGCACCGGUGGCACUCGGGCCCCAUGCAGCUCUUCCGCCUCUGCCUCCCGGCCAUCUUCAAGUCCAAGAUCCCGCUGUGGAAGAAGGCGAACCUGGUGAUGCUCUUCUUCCUGCUGAGGAAGCUGAUCCUGCCCUUCUACUCCUUCACGCUCUUCUGCGUGAUCCUGCCGCUCACCAUGUUCGUGCCGGAGGCGGAGCUCCCCGUGUGGGUCAUCUGCUACGUGCCCAUGCUCAUGUCGCUGCUCAACAUCCUGCCGGCGCCCAAGUCCUUCCCCUUCGUGAUCCCUUACCUCCUCUUCGAGAACACCAUGUCCGUGACCAAGUUCAACGCCAUGGUGUCCGGGCUGUUCCAGCUGGGGAGCUCCUACGAGUGGAUCGUCACCAAGAAGGCCGGCAGGACAUCCUCCGAGUCCGACAUCUUCGCGCUCGCCGAGGAGGCCGACAACAGCAGGGGAGGACCCGGCAUUGGCGGCGGCAACAAGCUCGUCCGCGGCGUGUCCGAGGGCGGCCUCGAGGCCUGGGCCAAGAUGCACGAGCAUGACCCCAAGGACCUGCAGGCGGCGGCACCGGCAGAGACUCCCAAGACGCCGGCGAAGAAGAGCGGCAAGGCCAAGGCGCCCAACAGGAUCUUCAAGAAGGAGCUGGCGCUGGCAUCGCUGCUCCUCAUCGCGGCCACGCGCAGCCUGCUGUCGGCGCAGGGGCUGCACUUCUACUUCCUGCUCUUCCAGGGCGUCACCUUCCUCGUCGUCGGCCUCGACCUCAUCGGUGAGCAGGUCAGCUAGCGGCGCCACCACAAUAAAGAAGCGACCGCUCGCCAUGAAUCCAUAUUGUCCAGGCCACAUGAAUGCUGCCGUGCGCAGCCAUGGAUGCAAUCUCGAUCGAUCCGGCCCAUGACAGGAUAAAAACUUCAAUUAGCCGCUCUUUUUUUUGUUUGUUAAUUUUUAUCCUUUUGAAAUUUUUUUGUUCAGAGAUCAAAGAGUCUAUGUGUGUCACAUGAAGAACUGUUCUUGUGUUUUGUCUAGUCUUAGCUAGUGCUCUGUUGCUAGGGGAGGCCAGAGAGGCAAGCAAGCAAGCUGCAGGUUGUUAAUUACAUUCAAGAAAGUACUGCUUUAUUCAGUAGCUAGCCUUCUUGUGUUCCACAAUCUGGUCAACAGAUACUACAUAUAUUAUCAAUGAAUGGGGUAAAUUAAUCAA